AUGCUUAUUUUUCGUUACUGGCUAAAGAAGCUUUCCUAUUGCUUUAUUGAAAACUUCAAAUUUGAACAAGGCUUUAUCAAUCCGAACAUUCUUGAAUUAUUUUUUGGGGAUUCUCCGUUGAAAUUUUACACAAAAUAUUUUUAUCUAUACAAUAAAGGAGGCUAUUGUUUUCCUAAAGGACUUGAAUUUAUGUACCGUCACGUUGUUAUUCGAGGACGUAAAGGCUUAUACUAUGAAGAUUCGAACCGGAAAAUGUUUGGCGAAAUGGUAAAAGAUGAAGAACGUUAUUUCCAAAGAUUUUCAUUAGAGGAGGAGGAAAGGAAAGAAUUUUGUAAGGUUGUGGAGUAUGAAUUGUUUGAAGUAGAUAAUCCAAUGGAAGAUGCAAUGUUGUAUUUAUGUUUCCGUAUUGGAUCUAAGAAAGCAUUUUAUUACGAAACUGUGGGAACUUUUGUCUGA